GGAGGGAGGGGAAGAAGGAAGACCCGAGCAAGAGGAAUUACCGAUUUGGCCAGAACCUAACGCAUCGGGCUGCUUGUUGGAAUAUCUCCGUGUCUCGCCAUAUAAAGCCCUGGUGCAAGCCGUCUCCCUACAGCCCUUGGCUUCAUCAGAGAGCAACGAGCCAUCAGCCCCCCCGGCGAGUCGUCAACAACAACAACAACAACAACAAUAACAACAACAAGGGCGCCCGCGAGACGAGGUGACUGCCAGGUGCGGAAGAUUCUAAAGAGCCAUUUUAACUGGAUUGAUGAACCAAACAAUCUUGCUGAGGACCACAGGAAGCUUCAAGAUAACCAUGUGUAGUAGAUGGCAGCAAGAUGCAGGCAGCUGCAUCUUUUUGGGACGAAUGUCUAGAACUCUGCUUUAGUGGCUGAGCAAUUAUAUCCCUGAGAAUCAUUCUUCGUCUGAACCCUUAAUAACCAUGGAUAACAUUCAAAUACCUAAGCGAGUUUUGACAGAUGUAUAAUAAACUGUUCAGAGACAUUUCCUGCCAUGAACAGAAUGGUGUGACAAUUACUUCUUAGCAUAAAGCUGCAAAAGAUCUAAUGCCUAUAAGACUACUGUGUGGAGAGUUCCACAGGGAAAGAAAAGUCUGUGAAUGUGGAACAGCUCUGGGGAAAUGGGAGCAACCAAACCUUAAAAAGAAAAAAAAAGCACAGCACUGGAUACACUUCAUGUGCCUGUACAGCUCUCAAGUGGACUAACACUUAGAAGACCUUGUGUGACAAAAUGGACUCUGGAGAUACAGCUGUAGGGCAAAACACUACCUCAAGGCCUGGUGAAACAGCUAAAAUACCAAGUAGAUGGAGGCAAGAACAUUCAGCUAAUGUUAAAAUGAAUGCGAUGGGCAGCCUGGAAGGACAGGCACAAAUCGAUCCUGAACACAUAGAAAGUCCUGCGCCGGCACAACUUUUUAGUUCUGGGAAGUUAGCAUCACCAAGUGAUUCUACCCAACACACCACAGACAAGCAAUACCCACAGCACCUUCCAAGUCCCUACUCGUGUCAACCUUCACUUUCUUUCCCUCCACAUUCUUUACCACAAGGAUACCUGCACAGCCUGAAGCCACACCAGAGCCUAGAAGGCCAUAAAUGGCAGUUCCCUGGCCAUCUGCAACCAGUUGCCUCUGAGGACUUAUUUCCAUUUCAUGUACAUGGCCACAGUGGCAGUUUCUCCAGAAAGAAAAUUUCGAGCCUGAACCCUGCUUAUAGCCAGUAUUCUCAGAAGUCUCUAGAGCAACAGCCAGAAGAUAGUCAUAAAAAAGAACAUAAACCCAAAAAGCCUGGGAAAUACAUUUGCCCUUACUGUAGCAGGGCUUGUGCCAAACCUAGUGUACUUAAGAAACAUAUUAGAUCCCACACUGGGGAACGUCCAUACCCUUGUGUUCCUUGUGGAUUCUCGUUUAAGACAAAGAGCAAUUUGUACAAGCACAGGAAAUCACAUGCCCAUGCAAUUAAAGCAGGAUUAGUACCUUUCACAGAGUCAGCUGUCUCUAAAUUGGACCUGGACGCCAGUUUCAUUGAUGUGGAAGCUGACAUACAUUCAGAUGGGGAGCAGAGUACAGAUACUGACGAGGAGACUUCAUUACUGGUUGAAAGUUCUGAUAAACUGAGCCCAGUUCCGCAGAUUCCAUUGGACAUUACUAGCAGAAGUGGCUUGCACUCGUCCAUAGAGGAAUCCUUGGGAGGCCCAAUGAAAGUCCCUAUUUUGAUUAUCCCUAGAAGUGGCAUGCAGUUAUGUGAAAGCACCCAGCACAUUGGGCCUGACAAUCUGCAAAACCCCUUAAGUACCAAGUGUGAUGACUCACACACAGUUAAGCAACGACUUGCACUAAGACUGUCUGAGAAGAAAGGGCAAGAUUCUGAGCAGUCAUUAAAUCUCUUGAGCCCGCAUAGCAAAGGAAGCACUGAUUCCGGUUAUUUUUCACGGUCAGAAAGUGCAGAGCAACAAAUAAGUCCACCAAAUACCAAUGCAAAGUCUUAUGAAGAAAUCAUCUUUGGCAAGUUCUAUAGGAUUAAUCAAAGGACUGCACAACCACUAGCGACAGCCAAUCAAGAUCUUAGCUCCAUGAGCAGAAAAGGCAAGGUAGAACCACAACCCCUUGUAAGCCCUAGGUUAGACAUCAAGAUGCUAGAAGAGCGAAUGUCUCCCAACAAAGAAGCACUAAUUGAUCCUAGUAAAAUGAGCACUAUAAAAAGUAGCCAAGUCUUUAUUGAUAGCAGUACAGAAUCCAGACAGUCUCAGAUGGUCACAUCAACCAUCAAAGAUGAACUGAGUCUUUAUUCAGGAGGCCUCCCAAGCAAUACUUCUCUCCUUCUGGAACCUCCAGCAGAUACAAACCCACUUAUUCGGAGCAACUCCAUGCCAACAUCAUCUGCAACCAAUUUGAAUGUCCCAUCAGCUCUAAGAGGAAGCCAUUCAUUUGACGAAAGGAUGACUGGUUCUGAUGAUGUGUUUUAUCCUGAGGCAAUAGGAACACCCCACCAGCGAAUGUUAAUAAGACAAGCAGCUUUUGAGUUGCCAUCAUUACAAGAAGGACACUCGGAUUCAGAGUACCAUGGGAGAAUGGGAAAGAACAUGAUGGUUGCUUUCAGCAGAUCAAGUGCAGGAGAAAAAGGGCCAAGCAUGAGGGAGAAGAAGUUUUAUGAAGGAGAUCCCACUGGAAAGCAUUACAGAAAAUGGGAAGAUUAUGGGGCCCUGAAACAAAACUAUAGAGAAACAUCAGGUCUGAGUGGAUCAAAGCAAGGAGGAGAAUGUUUUACUGAAUCACCCACACAGUUGCAGGCAGUUUCUUCUACCUAUGGCAUUAUAUUUGAAAACAGGAAGCGGAGAAUCCAGAAGAGUGUGGGUGACGAGGAAGACACUCCGUCACUAUACAGUGGUUCUACUGGUAGCCCUAUGACACCUGAUUUUGAUCCUAAAUCCCAAGUGCAGGAAGGACCAAGAAGUGGAUAUAUUCUUCAAAGCCAUGACAGUUCUGUUCAUUCUCACCCAGACCACUUUGAAAUCUGUAGACCCCAUCUGCAGUCAGGCAGCCCAGUCACAAGUAUCGAAGAAUUUUCCUUAACUGCUGACCAAGAAAAGACUGCGGAAUCUCUGAGUAGAAAAGGGAAUGUAAUUUCUGUCAUUCAGCACACAAACUCAUUGAGCCGGCCAAACUCGUUUGAAAGAUCUGAGUCUACAGAGCUUGCCGCUUGCCAACAGGAUAAACUUUAUUUAUCGUCGGAAGCCUGUGACAAUGAGCUUGCAGAGUCUCCAAUGAGCCCAGAUAGGGUCCAGCAGACCGAAAAUGCUGACAGUGUUAGCAAGCUGCCUUCUUCCCAGCCAUAUCAUAUGCAGCCCAGGCUUGUUCGCCAGCAUAAUAUACAGGUACCUGAGAUUCGUGUCACCGAAGAGCCUGACAAACCUGAGAGGGAGAAGGAAAUCCCCACGAAAGAGCCCGAGAAGGCAGCGGAAGAAUUUCAGUGGCCACAGAGGAGUGAAACCCUUUCUCAACUCCCAGCUGAAAAGCUCCCACCCAAGAAAAAGCGCUUGCGGCUUGCAGACUUGGAGCAUUCCUCUGGCGAGUCUAGCUUUGAGUCCACGGGGACGAGCCUUUCCCGGAGUCCCAGCCAAGAGAGUAAUUUGUCCCACAGUUCAAGUUUUUCAAUGUCCUUUGAAAGGGAAGAGAGUAUCAAGUUCAUUACAUCAACCAAACAGGACGAGUUUGGUAAACAGUCUGAGUUUUUAACCGUCCCAGCUGGUGCUUACUCACUUUCCGUCCCAGGGCAUCACCAACAGAAAGAGAUGAGACGUUGUUCAUCGGAACAGAUGCCAUGCCCUCACCCUGCAGAAAUCCCAGAGAUACGAAGUAAAUCCUUUGAUUAUGGGAAUCUGUCACAUGCCUCUGCUGCAGGAGCACCUCCUGUCGUUUUAUCUCCCGCAAGAGAAAGGAAGAAAUGCUUUUUGGUGCGCCAGGCUUCCUUCAGUGGUUCCCCAGAGAUCUCCCAGACUGACUCAAGCAUAGAACAAAAUAUAAAACAAGAGCAAAUGGAACAUGGGCAUGGCAGUCUCCGGUCUUCUCUAGUCACAUGGCCCCACUCCCCCUCUUGUGUACAGUCAGAUGACUCUGGAAAACAAGCUACAGGUUCUUGUCCACCCCAUAGCACCAGCUUAUCCCCACUUCCCCAUCCCUCCAUUCCGCAAGCACCUUAUAUACCGAGCAAAUAUUCAGCAGAACAGCAGCAUCUGUUUGCUUUACAAGAAAAGGUUCCCUUUCUCCCCAUGCACAACACUCUGUUGCAGUUUCCAUACCCAGCUGUCUGCAUGGUCCAUUUGCCAUCUCAGCCUUUGUGGCCUUCAGAACUUUCACAGACCCACUUUCAGCAUCACUUUGUACAGCAGCUUCAAAAAUCUUACUCAAAGCAACCUUUCCCAACAGAGAGUCACCCAGGCUACCAUCUGGAAUAUGCUCAGGAGCAUAUUCGAAAGAAAACUGCUGAUUAUGUACAUACGAAAGAGCAAACUUACCAGCGUUACUCAGGAACAUCUGGGGAAUAUUCUACAAAUGCACUUGCAACAUACCAGCCAGAUUGUAGCAUUAAAUCAACAGAUACCUCUUCUGAGCAGCAGCUACAGGUAGAUUUUGAAACCCAGAAUAUUGGGUCUGCUCGAUCAUUACCAGGCACAGUUGUUCCUGUUCGGAUCCAGACUCAUGUGCCAUCCUAUGGUAGUGUUAUGUACACAAGCAUUUCCCAGAUCCUUGCUCAGAGCAGCAGCCCAGCUAUUGUCAUUUGCAAAGUAGAUGAGACUCUUUCCCAAAGGACAUUAGCAACAAGUGCAACCAUGCAUGGAAUAGGAUUUAAUAUAGCGCAGAUGUUAGGCCAACAUGGAAGGUUGGAAAAAUAUCCUUUGUGGAAGGUACCACAGACCCUGUCACUUAACUUGGACUCCUCCAUCCCGUUGUGCUUGACCUCUGGUUCAGACACUGCUUCAACCCUAGGUGGAAACAAGCGAAUGCUUUCACCAGCCAGCAGCUUGGAACUCUUUAUGGAGACUAAACAGCAAAAGAGAGUCAAGGAUGAAAAAAUGUAUGGACAGAUUGUCGAGGAGCUAAGUGCUGUAGAACUCACCAGCUCAAACAUAAAGAAAAGUUUUCCCAGGCCACAAAAACCUCAAUUGGUUAGGCAAAGCUGUACUACUGAGCCAAAGGAAAAUGUGCCGUCCACCUUGCCUUCUUCCCCAUUAUCGUCCUCUUCAUCUCAAGAUUUGCCAUCUACUGCCGCUGAAUCUUCCCCACUGAACAGGGAAAAGCUUCCCAGUUUUGACUCUGCUUCACCAGGGCAAAAGUCUAGUGGCACUUCUGAAGGUAGAGAGUCACCUGAAGAACUGGAUGUUGAUGAAACAGCCUCAGAUAUGAGUUUAAGCCCACAGAGACCUUUGUUGCCUUUAGGGGAAAAUCAGACAGAAGACCAGUCAAGACAAGAGAGAAUGCCCUUUGGUAUGUUGGUUCAGAUGGCAUCCCAACCAAGUGGGAAAGCAGUGACCUCGACAAUUCUCUUGACAGAUCUUGCUGAUAUCCAGCAAAUGCUACAGUACCCUAGUUUGCGCACCACCACAACUGUGAGUUGGUGUUUCUUAAACUACACAAAACCCAGUUUUGUUCAACAAGCAACCCUGAAAUCUUCUGUUUAUGCUUCAUGGUGCAUUAGUUCAUGUAACCCCAACCCAUCAGGACUGAGUACAAAGAUUACCCUUGCACUCCUGCGAUCCAAGCAGAGGAACAGUACAGAAAUUUAUACAUUGUCUCCAAUGCAUAGGCCUGGAACGGGGAAAUUGACCUCAUCGAGUGCUUGGAAACAGUUUGCUCAGAUGAAACAAGAGCCAUUCUUUGUAUUUGGCGGCAAGUUUGAAAAGAAAGCAGUAGGGAAUGUUAUCAAAGAAAGAAUUAAAGGAGACAGCCAUGGAGAUAAAGAUAUAGCAGCCAAACAAACUGAGCCAAUGAGAAUUAAAAUUUUUGAAGGAGGGUAUAAAUCCAAUGAGGAUUAUGUUUAUGUCAGAGGACGUGGACGUGGAAAGUAUAUUUGUGAAGAAUGUGGGAUUCGUUGCAAGAAGCCAAGUAUGCUAAAAAAACAUAUCCGCACUCAUACUGACGUCCGGCCUUAUAUAUGCAAGUUGUGUAAUUUUGCCUUCAAAACAAAAGGAAAUCUUACAAAACAUAUGAAAUCUAAGGCUCACAUGAAAAAAUGCCUGGAGCUGGGGGUAUCAAUGACAUCUGUGGAUGAUGCUGAAACAGAAGAAGCAGAAAAUAUGGAAGACACGCACCCUGAAGUUGAGAAGAGCAACAUGUCUGGCACAUCGGCUGAACACCAGUUCUCUGAUGCUGAGGAAUCUGAUGGGGAAGAUGGGGAAGACAAUGAUGAUGAUGAUGAUGAAGAUGAUGAUUUUGAUGAUACUCUUGGAGACUCUACUCCCAAAACAAGGUCAAGAAGCACGAGUCCCCAGCCCCCUCGAUUCUCCUCAUUAUCUGUGAAUGCUGCUUCUGCGUCUUAUGGAGGUUCUCCUGACAGUUCAGUAGGACAUUCCUCCUUGAUCAGUUAUUUGGUCACUUUACCUAGCAUUCAGGUAACUCAGCUCCUAACACCCAGUGACUCUUGUGAUGAUUCGCAGAUGACAGAAUAUCAGAGUUUUUUUCAAAACAAAAGUACAGAUUCAGAACCUGACAAAGAUAGGCUUGACAUACCCAGUUGCAUGGAGGAAGACUACAUGGUUUCUUUCGAGUCAAAUUCAUCUCCUAGAGAUUUUUCAUCUUCAAGCCGACAGUCCUCACCUGGUUACGAUUCUUCACCCUAUAGAGAUAAUUCACCAAAGAGGUAUUUGAUGCCCAAAGGAGAUCUGUCACCUAGAAGGCACUUAUCACCAAGAAGAGAGAUUUCCCCCAUCAGACAUCUUUCACCAAGGAAGGAAGCUGUACUGAGGAGAGAGUUAUCACCACGGAGAGAUGUGUCACCAAGGCGCCAGUUGUCACCGAGGAGACCAAUGUCACCAGGAAAAGACACGUCUUGCAGAAGGGACCUGUCUCCACGAAGAGAAAGAAGGUACAUGGCCUCAGUUAGAGCAGUGUCACCCCGAAGAGGCUUGUACCAUAACCCAUCAUUGCCCAUGGGCCAGUAUUUACAGUCUGAGUCAGUUCCACUGGGACAAUCGAGUUCAAGACCAGGCCUGUUCCAGGGGUCCUAUUUCAGUAUGCCUGGAGAAAAAGGAAUUCUGGAGCAUCAUGGACCUAGCCUGUAUCCUGAAGGUCCUACUGACUAUGUCUUUAGUCACCUUCCCUUACACUCCCAGCAACAGCUCCGUGCACCCAUCCCCAUGAUGCCCAUUGGGGGCAUCCAGAUGGUCCAUUCAAUCCCGGCAGCCCUGUCUGGUCUACAUCCUCCGUCCAUUUUGUCCCUCUCGAAAGAGGGCUCUGGCGAGAAGAAAAGAGCAGCUUCUGAAGCCAUGACUAAUGAGCCAUGUGUCAUUGCAAAGUCCCACGAGAAACGCACCUGCCCUCCCACUUUGCACACCAAGUGUGCACUGCCUGCUCAGUUGCGAUCCAUGAGGAAGAGCCCUUCGGAAGAAGGCGGGGUCGAGAGGGAGCAGGAGGAGAACAUCCAGACUUGUACAAAAGCCAUAGCCUCUCUCCGCAUUGCCCCCGAGGAGGUUCUACACAGGACAGAGCUGCCACAGAGGGAUCCUGAGCCUCCACAGACGCCCUCGGAAAGUGCACCUUUGAGCAUGAAACACUUUAGUGGCUCUGAGCCAGGCCUGGCCUGUGCCUCAGCCACCAGCCCUGACUUGCACAGUGGCGAACAGGACCUUUUGGGUACAUCACAGACGGCGUUAUCUCAUUCCACCUUUUAUAGCAAAAGCAGUGUGGAUGUCAGACAGUUAGGUUAUCCUCGUAGGAAAGAUUCCCCAUCAAGCACACAGGAAAGGAAAGACCCACCCUCCGAAAAAAGCAAACUGCAGUGAUUUACAAUGUGUGAAGACUUUAAUACAUGUGUUUACUCCUGCCCCCUUUAUCGCCCUUAGUGAUAGAAGGAAGUCUUCAACUUCAUAGCAUGCUGGUUCUAAGUUACAGUAGUUUGCUAUUAUGUAUACUUUUGUUACAUCAAAAGAAUUGAGUAAAACUACGAGUCAUCAUGAGCCUGACCAAAUGAAAUUUCAAAAUUCUUAUUGGGUCUGGUACUUUUAACCUGUACAGGUGUUUGUGCCUUUUCUUUACUUUUGCUUAUAUUCUUAUAAGCAUUUUUUAGCAGUACUUUGUACAUAUUUUAGAAUUUGUGUAUCUGCUUUGUAAUAAAUGUAAUUUCUUUCCUUUUGGGGACACUUUGACCUAAAUGAUGUAAAGCAAAAAACAAAAAAAGCAUCAAUAUAUAUGUGAGGUUGCACUAAAAUAUUUUUAUAUGAUUAAAACUGAACAGCUUUUAUGUACAGCUCUGAUUCUGUAAUACUAAUAUUUAUUUACUUUGUUUCAUAAAUUGUACAUUUUUUCUUAAUGUUGCGGAUUGCUUUUCUAUGUGAAGCAUGGGAUUUACUGUUGCAUUAUUAGAACAAAAAUGUAUAUUGUAAACAAGAUAUUUAAACUAGAGCAUCUUAUCUUAUCCUGCACUUAUGCAUUAGUUAAAAGAAAUAAGAUAAAAGGAUGUAUCAGUCCAUUCUUAACUCUUGUAUUUUUUUUGUCUCUUGUUUGCUGGAUCGACUAUAACUUAAAGUGCUGGUUGUGAUUUUAAAAAGAUAGUACCGUAAAGCAUUAAAGUAAAACCAUGUGCUAUUGUGAGUUUUUUCAAAGCUUUAUAAAAACCGUUAUAAAUAUAUUAAAAAUUUGGUCUUAUGUGAACAUGUUGAUCUAUAUGCUCCUUUAAAGAAUAUGGGAAAACAUUCCACCCCAUGUAAAUAUAUGCGAAUUCAAAAACUGGUGCAAUUUCAUAUGGAUGUUUGAACGUUUAGAGGCUUCAUCCUGUUCCAAGUGAAGUCAAGGGACAUUGUGAACUUGACUUAAAUGGAAGCAGGAUCAGGCAAUAGGUCACCACAUAUCAUUAUCAAAAUGUCUUUCUUUUCUUUUUCGUUUUUCUCUUUUUUUAAUGGAUGGAACUCUGGCUCCCUUAGCCUUGACUAUAGAGGAAUCAAGUUUUCAUCUGAGGAGAGGAAGUACAUAUGGCUAGAUAGAUCUUGGUUAUCGGCUGGCCCGGUACCUUGACAGUCAGUGCUGGGCACUGCAUACUAGAAUCAAAGGGUCUCCAAUAGCAAGGAGCUUAGUCAUAUUGCCAAGUUAUUUCACUUGCAGAGGCUUUAUGGUAGAUGACAGGAAGGGUGUAGAAGAUGCAUAUAUGCUCACAAACAUCUCUUGACACCAAAACAACAGAGAGGCGUUUAGCGCAAGCAAACAUGGUUGCUGGAAGGAAAAUGGUUGUAUCUGCAUGUCUUUCAAAGAGGAAAGGUCAGUGGGCAAAGUAAAGAUAUCCUUCAACAUUUAGGGCAUUUAUAGUAUUUUAUUGUCUUGGGAGAAGACUGGGAGGAACCAUUGCUUAUAUAUUGGAAGGUAUGAUUGGAUGCCCUCCAAAUAUACACAUCUACACCUGGGUCAACAAAGAUCUGAGUUAUAUUCUGUGCUAUUUAGUGGAUUAUAAUUCUGUGAAAACACGUUUGUAUAUUGAAUUGCAAUACAUUUAAGGAGUGUUCUUUAAAAAAGAAAUAAAUAUACAGUUACAUUAUA